GGCAGGGCAGGGCACUUGGGAGGGCGGGGGGAGCUAUUUGUUACACAUGGCAAUGGAUUUGUAGAUGAGGCCUUGGCAGAUGCCAUUGGUUGUGUGAGUAGUGUGUGUAGUGUGUUUGUGUUUGUGUCCACUUUCUCCUCCCUUGUUGCUUUUCCUUUGUGCCUGUGCCGUCGUAUGCCCACACUCCACUAAGCUCUCUUUUUCUCUCUCGCACUUUCCAUCCUCCUCGCGGGACUUGUCUCUGCUGUUUUACUUCACUGUCCCCAGCUUGCGCAGCUCCCGCAGUCAUGGCCGCCGCCGUCGCUGGCACUAUGUCCACGCUCGCCUCCGUUGCUACUUUUGUACCCACUUGCAGGGUCACUGCCGUGCGCUCUUCGUCGGUAUCCAUCGCGAAGGCCUUUGGAUUGAAGACCCAGAGCAUGGGUCGCGUCACCUGCAUGGCUUCCUACCAAGUUACCAUCAAGAACGGCGAGACCGGAGAGGUUUCUAGCUUCGAGUGCCCCGACGAUGAGUAUAUUUUGGACGCCGCUGAGGAGCUGGGAAUUACCUUGCCUUGCUCUUGCCGCUCUGGAGCGUGCUCGUCGUGUGCUGGUCUCCUCCAGCAGGGGUCCGUGGACCAGUCCGAACAGAGCUUCUUGGAUGAUUCUCAAGUGGGUGCUGGGUAUGUUUUGACGUGCGUGGCCUACCCCACUAGCGACUGUAUUAUCGUCAGUCACCAGGAGCAGGCACUGGCAUAAGCGGAUUGAGCGAGUUGAGGUGUUCACGUGUAGGAUAGAUGCUAUUGCUCGGUUGCAUUUUUUCCUCUCGCACUAGGGCUGGAUUCCGCUCCGACUUCGAUAGCUAGUCGCUUGUAGAUUGUGAGUCCAAUUCAUCAAUUGUGGCAACCCAGCGGGAUUCAAUUAAAAUUACUGUGCAAUUUUCGAUUCACAUCA